CAUCUUUAGGACCUAUGCGUUGUGAUCGGAAAGAUGUCGCACACUAAAAUAGCACACCUCAAUACAGAUGAAAAACAACGGUAUUUAAAUAAAAUUGACACUUUAGGAUUAGAUCCUUAUUUACUGUCAAACGAACUGCUGACUCCACUUAAGUCUAGUGAAAACUUGCCAAAUUUGACGUUUGCGGACAUAUACAUCUACCUCGUCCACAAUCCCUCUCCAUUCACCGGAGAAGCUCUCAAGGCAUUUAAAAGCACUGAAGCCUAUCGCUACUUCACCUCAGGAUGGGUUAAUGAUCCCAGAAUCUAUCAUCUGGAGAUGAAGAAACUGUUCUUGAUAACAGGAAGGGUGAAGCAUUCACAAAGCCUCAGUGUAACACCAACACACCCCUGGAUAACAGUACAGGAAGAGGGGACAGUUCUCAUGGCUCAUUGCACCUGUAAGGCCGGUUUAGGAGAGGUAUGCUCUCAUGCAGCAGCUCUAAUGUAUUGUGUUUUGGCUGCUGUUGAUGUCAAGAAUGGGCAGGCUUGCACUCUGAAGCCCUGUGCAUGGGCCCAGCCAAGUAUGGAGUCUGUCCGAGGUGUCCAAUAUGCAGAAAUCCGUAACAUCAGUUUCUGUCAUAAACAAACAAGAGCCCCGUCAUGUUCUAGGCCCUGUUCUUCCUGACAUUACACCAUCAGAUGAAGAGUGCAGAAUGUUUUUUGAGAUGCUUCAUCACAGUGAAAUGCAAGAGUCAAAGCCAAAGAAAAGUGCCAUCCUUUCUGUUAUCGAAGCCCACUCCCACAGGUACACGCCAAAAGUGAUGCAGCUGGACUUGCCCACUCCUUUGUCAGCCAUAUAUUCAAGCACCUGUUUAGAGAUGGACUUGCCCAUGCUACUGAUUGAGAGUACCAAGGUAUUUGAUAACCUACAAGUGACACAGCAACAGUUUAAAGCAUCAGGAUUCGUCAUUAAUCCAGACCUACCCUGGAUAGGAGCAACACCCGACGGCCAGGUAACAUGCACUUGUCAUGGUGACGGCGUACUGGAGAUAAAAUGCCCAUUCAACAGCAGGGACCGUUCACUCAAUGAAAGCUGCCGAGAUUCAUCAUUCUGUCUGGGCAUAGGGGAGGAUGGGAGAAUGGCACUUAAGACUGACCACAAGUUCAUGUAUCAAGUGCAAGCUCAGAUGCAUGUUUCCACGGUGAGCUACUGUGAUUUUAUUGUAUGGACACCACAGGAGUUUUUCAUUCAGCGGAUCAUGUAUGAUCCUGUUUUCUUCCACAAUGCCUACCUCAAAGUGGUUGAAUUCAUCAAGACUGGAGUACUACCAGAGCUGCUGGGGAAAUGGUUUACAGCUCCACGCCAUACUCCCCCAAACUCUACAACCACUGAACAGCCAUCUGAAAUGGGGUGCUACUGUGGUAAACCUUGUGACACAGAUGACAUCACCUGCACAUCUGGACAGUGUAAGCGGAAGCAUUUUCACAAGUCUUGCCUUAAAUUGAGCAGGGUACCAAAGACAUGGAAAUGUGUGGAGUGCAGAAGAAAACGUGUAGUAUUGGCUUAGUUUUUUGAUUUUUCUUCUCCCCUUAGUUACAUGAGUGUCCUUUCAAAAUAACCUCAUUAAGUAUUCGUUUACAAUCAGUAGUUUAAAAUGCCCUUUUCAACAACUUAUAACAUCCAGUUAAGUUACUAUUUGUGAGCCGGGCACAGGGUUUCUGGUAAAAAUAAAUAUUUGCACAAUAGAUUACUCAUGUGGUUUACAAUGUAUAUGGGAUUUUUUAUGAAUUAUUUGAUUAUUAUGAAUGAUUAACAAUAAACAGAAUGAGAACAC